CUAGACGUCGACCGAGUCUUGACGGGAUGGGGGGGAUUGGCCAAUACCUGUGUUGGUUGGGGCAGUGUUUGGCAAUCCAGGACAAGAACGCCAGGAGCAGGGUACUGGGGAUCGGGGAUGGUGAAAGGGGUCAAGAGAGGAAGAGAGAAUAGUAGAGAAGUCAAGUCGUACCAAGAUGGUGCGUCCAAGGGCGUAGCCAGAUGUCGAUGUUGUCGUGGGCGAGGCGCACAGCGAAAGCAGAGACGAGGAUGGAACGCCAGGGAAGGCGGGUGACGACUAGGUCGGGAGACGGAAAGUAUAUCUCGCACUCUCGACAGGGAAGACGUGGACAGAAGCAGACCAGAGUCGGACAGGCUUUUGACGAGACGACGGACGCGCGCGGCGAGAGAGUCGAAGCGAUGAAAUGGGGAUGCGGACGCGGAUGGGAGGGAGGUGAGAGAGGUGGGUGGAACGGGGCAGAAGGACGGGGCGCAAAAGGGUAUAUGAAGAAUGAGGGAGGGGGGUUGCAGGAGGCGCCGGGAUUCACGCAGCGAGGGACGAAUGGGCGAAUCGGUGCGAGGAAACGGCCGCAGCAGUCAGAGGAUCGAUGGGACGGGGUUGAAAUGACGGUGGCGGCCUCAGGACGAGAGAGAAUGGUGAAGGGUGAAGGAUGAAGGGACGGAGUUGACGAGAGGACGGCGGACGGGAGGGAAAGCGUUUGAAGACGGGCGCGGAG